AUGGGUAGAUUAGGAUAUUUGAUCAGAGAUAUUAAUCAAGAUCAUAUAAGUAUCGGUGGACUUACUAAAAAUGUUCAUACUGCUACGAAUGUGCCGAAUUUCAAUGAUUUCAUAAUCAGUGAUAUUAGUGCUGGAGGUUUUAGUUUUCAAAUAUUGAUGAACGAUGGGUCGUUAUAUCAUACUGGAGCUAGUUGGACUGAUAAUGGACAAUUAUCAAAAUCUACGCCUGGUCCAAUGAACAAAAAAGAUUAUAAGCCUCCGUUGAACACUUCGAAUUUGGAAAUUCCAUUCAUUGCGAAUAUGUCAUCAAGAAGAUUGAUCAGAGGUCCUCAUAUAUUACCAGCGGCACCAGAGGCAAGGCCAUCGGCUACUCCAACAAGAGGGGUUUCUCCAAUGCCAUUACAGGACCAACGUUACGACAGAGAUGUGUCCCCACAGCCCGAACAAACAAGAGGGCCAACCAGUGUAAAUUUGACCAAACCGCCGGAAGACUUAACUUUCCCGAGUGAACUACAACAACCCAAGAUAAAAGAAACCAGUUUUAUUACCCGGGUUCAUUUACCGGGGCAGUACCAAGCUGGCAAGAUCAGGGCAUUAUCCAGUGGACGCCAGCAUUUUAUCGCUCUUGAUGAAGAUUCAAAUAUUUUCAGUUGGGAUACUGGUACCAUUGAUAAAACAGGAUGCAAAAUUGAAUUUGUCAAUCUACCAAAGGAGUAUAUCAAGAAAGUUUCUGCGGGAUGGAACUUAUCUGCGUGCUAUAUGAGUAAAGUUGGGAUCGUUGUGUGGUAUUCGAGAGAAGCUGUCACCAAAGAAGAAUAUGAAAACGGACUGAUGAAAUCAAUUGCAAACCACCUUGUUAUACCGGGCACCAGCAGCGUCAUUGAUUUUGUGGCCUUGAACGACUGCAUCCUUUUCAUCAACAGCCACGGGAAACUAUUCAGAUUUGAUCUUGCUACCCAAGACUACGCCAAUGGAGAUGUUGACCGCAUGACGGUUAAUCUUCCCGUCGAAAUGGAUACUUUCAAUUCCUGGCUACACCAAAACGACGACAACGCCAAGUUCAGCAAGAUAACCGGGUGUUUCAAUCGAUUUGCAGUAUUCACCGAUGGCGCAAAUAUCUUAUUGGGAGAUAAGAACGACGACGACGCCGAACCAACCCUCAUUGAAGAGCUCCAAAAAAAAAAUAUCAUCCAUAUUGUCAUGGGCGACUACCACUACAUGGCCCUCACCGACACCGGCAACUUGCUCAGCUGGGGCACCGAGUCUGCUAAGUGUGGGUGUCUUGGUUUGGGUUCCAAGAAGGAGUAUUGCACCCGGGAACAUCUUCCAUACAAUGACGAACAAAUCAGCACCACCCGCCCGGCUUUGGUCAAGCUGCCGGGCGACGGCAAGUGGCUUGCCGUCGCCGCUGCCGGUUGGCACUCCUCUGGUCUCUACAUAGACCACCAAGAUGAAUAA